CGAAUAUUUUCCAGCAUUGUCUAAGAAUCGGUGAUGGCUACAGACUCUAAAUCACUUCUACCAAUUAUCGACAUUAGCCCUUUACUAGUCAACUGUGAUGAUCCCAACAUGAUGGAGGAUGUCGGCGUGGCCGAGGUUGUCCGAAAACUAGACCGGGCUUGUCGGGACGUCGGAUUCUUCUACGUGACUGGUCAUGGAAUUUCGGAGAGUCUUAUGAAGAAGGUGAAAGAGAUGUCACACCAAUUCUUCGAGCUUCCAUAUGAGGAGAAACUUAAGAUUAAGAUAAAGCCAGGAGCUGGAUACAGAGGAUAUCAGAAGUUUGGAGAAAACUAUACGAAUGGGAAACAAGAUUUUCACGAAGCAAUUGAUUGUUACAAAGAGUUCGAGCAAGGAAAGUAUGGGGAAACUGGAAAGGCCAUGGAAGGGCCAAACCAGUGGCCAGAGAAUCCUCAAGAGUACAAAGAGGAGAUGGAUGAGUAUAUUAAGCUAUGCAUAGAUCUUUCUAGAAACAUACUGAGAGGAAUCUCCUUAGCUCUUGGUGGAUCACCUUAUGAGUUUGAGGGAGAUCUGGUUGGAGAUCCUUUUUGGAUCAUGCGUAUUAUUGGUUAUCCGGGUGUGAACCAAGAAAAUGUUAUCGGAUGUGGUGCUCACACGGACUAUGGUUUGUUGUCUCUUAUAAAUCAAGAUGAUGAUAAAACUGCUCUACAGGUCAAAAACUUUGCCGGUGAUUGGAUAUCAGUUACUCCAAUCCCUGGAUCAUUUGUUUGCAACAUCGGUGACAUGUUAAAGAUACUUUCAAAUGGAGUAUAUGAAUCCACACUUCAUAGAGUGAUCAAUAACUCUCCUCGAUACCGCGUAUGCGUCGGAUUCUUCUACGAGAUCAACUUUGACGCGGUGGCUGAACCAUUGGAUAUUUUCAAAGAGAAGUACCCUGGAGAUAAAAUAUCUCAAGUUUCCAAAAGAGUUGUCUAUGGAGAGCAUCUGGUUAACAAACUCCAGGACACUUUCGUAAAUUUCGUGGAACAUAUUUAAUUUGAUUGGUUGGGCUUUCAGUGACAAUCGUGUAAUCGUGUUAUCUGGAUUUCUAGUUCUAAUAAAAAAAAUAUUACUAUACUACAAAAAGUUACAUAAAAUAUUUGAUGGUUGUAGUUUGCUGGCUAUUGUUUUGUAGGUUUUUGUGUAUGCUAAAUUAA